ACAUAGAGAAACCCUGUCUCGAAACACUCCCUCCCCCACAAUGCAUUGUAUAUUUCCUCAUCUGAUGUUCACAAUGGCCCAUAGGGUGGAAACUAUCAUUAUCUCCAAGUCAUAGAGAAGCAGAAGCGUAUUUUAAUAACUUGCACGUGGUUUCUCACUGAGCCUAGAGCUCAGAUUUAAUUAGGCUAGCUGACCAACGAACUUCCGGGAUCUGCCUGCUCCUGCCUCCCCAGCACUGGGGUUAUGGAUGCACAGUAGUGUGCCUGGCUUUUACAUGAUGAUAAGGAUUGGGACUUGGGACCUCAUGCUUGUGUUUUAAAGACCAAGCCAUCUCCCCAGCAUUUCAGGCAGUUUUCUUUAUACUGAGAACUAUAGAUUAGCCUUCUCUUAAAGUCACAGCUUUAAGAGAAACAUGUAAUCCUGUUUUCAUGGUUACAAAAUAACACAAACUUUAUAAAAACUCAAAACAAUAUUAUCACAUAACCAUCACAUUGUACUAAGUGAGGAAUUCCUUUUUAUUGCAGUAUGUAUGUGUGUGUGUUGUGUGUGUGUGUAUAGUCAUUCUAACCUUGAAAUGUAUAAAAUACACAAGAAAUCUGAGAUUAGUAUUGCUUAGUAAAUGGAACCCAUUCUUUUCUUUGGUGCUCUGGCUUGGUUUUCUGAUAUCUGCUUAGCCCUUUUAGGCAGGAUUUUUUUCCUGGUGAUCCUUGGCAGUCCUCUUUCGGCUCUCUUUUUUUGUUGUUUUAAGGUUGUUAUUACAUUUAUUUACUUGUAUAUGUGAGUGGGGAAUCAAUUCUCUACUUCUACCGUGUGCACCCUGGGUAUUGAACUCAAGUUAUCAGGCUUGGCAGCAAAUGCCUUUAGACACAGAGCCAUCUUGUCAGCCCUGCUGUUUUUAAGGAAAGGUCUCAGUGUAGUCCAGGUUAGCCUCAGACUCCUGUAAGCCAUCCUGUCUCAGCCUCCAGAAUGCUGGGAUUACAGUGUCAGCCGCCACACCUGAUUUCUGUUAUUGAUGGGCCCCUCUUGGGUGCUCCUAAGUUCACUAAAGUCCCCCGGUAGUGUCACUACCACCUCACCUGCAGACUUUAGCAGGAUCAGAAUGAGGGGAACCACCUCAGACUUCUGCAAGCAGAGUGGUCUGGCGGACUCCCCCCCCCCCCCCAGAUUGUGUGGACGAAGCAACUGGUUCCCACUUGAGUUGAUUGUCAUGUCAGGAGGGAUGUUGAGUCAGGAAGUCAGUUCUUUGGGGUUUUAUUUUCUUUUGUAUAGAGAGCUAAAAUUCUAGACUUAUAUGUGAAUUUACUGGCUUAAAAAAAGUUAAGUCUGGCUAGGUAUCCUGGCUCAUAACUACAGUUGGAACACUGGGGGGUAGAAGCAGGAGAACCUGGAAUUUAAAAGUCAUCCUUGGCUACCUAAUAAGGUCAGAGCUGUUCUGGCAUCCAUGAGAUCCCAUUGACAAAACCAAAAGCAAGCAAGGCGGUGUAAGUUUAUAAACACCCUCAUGGCCAAAUUAAACAUAACAAAACAAAACGCUGACUUCUUGCUUAUGGCUUAAAAGUAAUGAGUCGUCAGGGCCAGUGUCCUUAGACGGGGAGAACUACAGAAUUCAUUUCUUGGGGGUUACAUGGGGCUGAGUUAAGAUCACAAAACAAAGGCUGCCUGGCAGACAGCCGACUCAAAUUAUGCCGUCUUUUGUUCAUUCAUCUCUUCCCCUGGCGUAGCCUGACAGUGAAUGCUGUUUCCCCCAGUCCUUUGGGAUUGCGCCGCGGCGGCUUUCAGCACUUACAAUGCAUCGUUCGGGUGUUAAGAUCACCAUCAUUUCCGUCCAUGAAUGACCUGAAUUGCUUCUCUUGUUCUGCCUGUUGCUGACUGGCUACUUCAGGAUGAGUAUGUUCUGAGCCCAGCAUUGUCCAGACCCUUGUCUCUUUGCCCUAAUCUGCUUCCUGCCUCCACCUCCCAGGUGCAGUCAGUAUCUUUGGGCUGCAGGAAUCCUUCCUUGCAACACAUCUCAGGUGUCUGUUUGCUGUUCUGGAAAAGCUAAACAGUGGUUGAUCCGUGGACUCGAUUGGAAAACAGUACUAUUUUGAAACGAGGCUUGGUUUCCUGUGUCAGUAACCUGUGUGGAGGGAACACACGGAGUCUGUGUCUGGAUUUUGGAGUCAUAGUCUGGCUACAGCUUGGAUUGUCCCCACAUUAGCAGAGCAGCCCCGGAGACAUAACAACAUGUCUGCUGGCAGGCUGUGGUCUGGCCUGCUGCUCCUGCUGUCUUUUUUCUGCUCUAGAAGUUCAGCUUGUGGCCUCUCAACACAUGUAGAAAUAGGACACAGGGCUCUGGAGUUUCUUCAGCUUCAAGAUGGACGCGUUAACUACAAAGAGCUACUCUUAGAACACCAGGACGCCUAUCAGGCUGGGACGGUGUUUCCUGAUGCCUUUUACCCUAGCAUCUGCAAAAGAGGAAAAUACCAUGAUGUAUCUGAGAGGACUCACUGGACUCCCUUUCUUAAUGCUAGCAUUCAUUACAUUCGGGAGAACUACCCUCUGCCCUGGGAGAAGGACACAGAGAAGCUGGUGGCUUUCUUGUUUGGAAUCACCUCACACAUGGCUGCUGAUGUCAGCUGGCACAGCCUGGGUAUUGAACAAGGAUUCCUCAGGACGAUGGGAGCCAUUGAUUUUCAGGACUCCUAUUCUGAGGCUCAUUCAGCUGGUGAUUUUGGAGGAGAUGUGCUGAGCCAGUUUGAAUUUAAUUUUAACUACCUCUCUCGGCACUGGUACGUGCCCAUCAAAGAUCUUCUGAGAAUUUACGAUAAUCUCUACGGUCGAAAAGUCAUCCCCGAAAAUGUCAUCGUUGACUGCACAUACCUUCAGUUCUUGGAAAUGCACGGGGAGAUGUUAGCUGUUUCCAAGCUCUAUUCCACAUACUCUACCAAGUCCCCAUUUCUGGUGGAGCAGUUUCAAGAGUAUUUCCUCGGAGGACUGGAUGACAUGGCGUUCUGGUCCACGAACAUCUACCGUCUGACCAGCUUUAUGCUGGAGAACGGGACCAGUGACUGCCACCUGCCUGAGAACCCUCUGUUUAUCACCUGUGACGGCCGGAGGGACCACACCCUCGGCUCAAAAGUGCAGAAAAAUGAUUAUCACAGGAAUCUGACUGUGUUCAUGAGUAAAGAUAUCAGGAAAAACCUGAACUACACAGAAAGAGGCGUGUUCUACAGCGCAGGCUCCUGGGCGCCGGAAUCUGUAACCUUCAUGUACCAGGCUCUGGAGAGGAACCUGAGGACGAUGUUCAUGGGCAACUCUGAGACUCAUCUAAAGCACGUCUCCAGCCCCUCUGCCUCCUACUUCCUGUCCGUCCCCUAUGCCAGGCUUGGCUGGGUCAUGGCCUCAGCCGACCUCAACCAGGACGGGCACAGUGACCUCGUGGUGGGGGCACCGGGCUACAGCCACCCUGGCCGCUUCCAGAUUGGGCGGGUAUACAUCAUCUAUGGCAACGAUCUGGGCCUGCCCCCCAUUGACCUAGACCUAGACAAGGAGGCCCACGGGAUCCUGCAGGGCUUCCAGCCUUCAGGUCGCUUCGGCUCAGCUUUGGCCGUGCUGGACUUCAACAAGGAUGGGCUGCCUGACUUGGCUGUGGGUGCCCCCUCCGUGGGCUCGGGGCAGCUCACCUACACCGGUGCCGUGUAUGUCUACUAUGGUUCCCAGCAAGGGAGGCUGGCUUCUUCCCCUAACGUCACCAUCUCCUGCAAGGACACCUACUGUAACCUGGGCUGGACCCUCCUGGCAGCAGAUGUGGAUGGAGAUGGCCAGCCCGACCUGGUGAUCAGCUCGCCCUUCGCACCUGGCGGAGGGAAGCAGCGAGGGAUGGUGGCUGCCUUUUAUUCACACCCCAGGCAGAGGGACCAAGAAACACUGACUGCAGAGGAAGCUGACUGGAAGGUGAACGGGGAGGAGGACUUCUCUUGGUUUGGAUACUCCCUUCACGGGGUGACAGUGACAAACAGAACCCUGCUGCUGGUUGGGAGCCCAACCUGGAAGAAUGUCAGCAGGUCGGCACGCUCAAGCCACAGGAACCACGAGAAAAACAGCCUGGGAAGGGUGUACGGCUACUUCCCACCAAACUCCCAGAGUGCCAUCACCAUCUCAGGAGAUAAGGCAGUGGGAAAGCUGGGCACCUCCCUGUCAAGUGGCCAUGUGAGGCUGAACGGGACCCUAACACAAGUGCUGCUGGUCGGAGCCCCCACCCGAGAUGACGUGUCUAAAAUGGCAUUCCUAACCAUGACCCUGCACCAGGGCGGAGCCACUCGGAUGUACGAGCUAGCCCUGGAGAAGACACAGCCUGCUCUGCUCAGCACCUUCAGUGGAGACCGGCGCUUUUCUCGGUUUGGUAGCGUUCUACACCUGACUGACCUGGAUGAUGAUGGCUUAGAUGAAAUCAUCAUGGCUGCCCCCCUGAGGAUAACAGAUGUUACUUCUGGACUGCUAGGGGGAGAAGACGGGCGAGUUUACAUUUAUAAUGGCAAGCACACCACCCUCGGUGACAUGACAGGCAAAUGCAAAUCCUGGAUGACUCCAUGUCCAGAGGAGAAGGCACAGUAUGUAUUGAUUUCUCCUGAGGCAGGUUCAAGGUUUGGGAGCUCGCUGGUCUCUGUGAGGUCCAAGCAAAGGAACCAAGUAGUUGUCGCUGCUGGAAGAAGUUCUUGGGGAGCCCGGCUCUCCGGGGCACUUCAUGUCUACAGCCUCGGCUCAGACUGAAGAGGUCACUCCACUCUCCUAUUCCACCCCCUCCUCUCUUGGCCCAAGUCAGCUCCAGGGUGGACAAAGCAUCCCUCCAGUGGAGCUGUAGCGAAACCCGACAGAGGUGGGGCUCCUGGGACAGACAUACUGACAGCCAAGUUACCUGGAAAUAUGGCCAGCUGUGUGUGGACACGGGAUGAUGGGGAGCGGCGGGCACUUUGCAUCUUCUAAAAAACGCUUUUGCAUCUUCUCUGAGCUUCCUGCCUGUGCUUGGGACUGUAACAAUUCAUGCUUCCUCCUCUUCUGUUUAAAUACACGUCUCUCCCUUGCCUAGAAAGGGUGCAGUUAGCUCUCAACACAGUCUCUAAAUCCUUGUUAGUGGUGGCUGGUCCUAUUUGGAUCUUAAAUGUGCCUCAAAAUUCCCAUGUUGAAGGCUUGCCCCCAGCUGAAGGAGGGUGGAGACUUUGGAGUGGGACCUUGUCGGGGGAAGUUAUGCCAUUGGGGUGUAUCAGGACCCCAAGUCCUUCCUUCCUUGUCUGUUUCCCAGCUGCCAUGCAAUGAACAGCUCUCCUCUGCCAUGCUGUACUGCUUCUCCCCCAGCCCCAAAGCAGCAGGGUAAAGUACCCUGGAGCUAACAUGGCUGCAACUGUGAGCCCAAAUAAACAUUUCCUCUUCAGAAG